UACAGCUGUCAAAACACCAUAGACCAAAAAAAAAAAAAAAAAAGGGCUCAUUUUCGAAAUUUGAAAUUUCAACCCCGCCGCGCCGCGGAGAUCCGUUCCGCGAGUGACCGUAACCCACAUUUUCCUAUUUCCCUUUCUCCAUUCCUCGAGUCCCUGCACCGCCCCUCGCCUCCUUUUUCACUCGCUCUCUCUCGGGGGCCAUUUCCACUGCUUUUUCUACCUCCCUCUCGAUCUCUUUGCGUCGAUGCGGGGACCCUAACCCUAGAAGACGAAGACGAAGACGAAGUGGACGAAGAAGAAGAAGAAGAAAGACUGGGUGCUGAUGCUGGAGACGAGGGAGUUGAUGGUGCGAGGGAGAGGAGCGGCCGCGGUGGGGGAGCUCUCCGGCGGGUGACGUCUCCCGGAGCUUUGGCGGCGGCGGCGGCGAGGAGACGGCAUUUGCUGCGUGACUUGGCGACGGAAGGCAAGGAGAACAUGCCGCCUUGGGCCGCCCGGUCCCGGACGAGGAGGAGCCCCCUCCCCAAGUGGUACCCGAGGACGCCGCUUCGCGAUAUUACGGCCAUCGUCAGGGCUAUCGAGAGGCGGGACAGGGGUCGCAGAAGGGCCACUGCAGCUCAGCAGAGGACCCGCGAGGGAGUUGAAGUUUCUCCUUCACCAGACACAACCUCUUCACCACAGGAACCAAGUGCUUCUAAUGAGGACACGGCACCGAUUCAUACCGUCGCCCCUUCCGAUGUUUCUAAUACUGCCUCUUUAACUUCUCCAACUGAGGGCCUUAACAGCUCUCCCUCUCCCACUCCCCUCUCCCUCCCUACCAGUGAACCCUCUCUGCAGACCCAAUCUGCUUCAAAUGACCCGAGCCCAGCAGUCAAUGAGAAACUAUCAAGCUUGAUUGACGAGAUGCAGAGGCUUGUAAUGGAGAAUCUGAGGCGCGCCCCGCAGGCCGCACAGCCUUGCGAGAAGAAGAGUACUACUGCUACACAGAGAUCGAGAGUUCUCAAGUCGAUGCGAUGAGUGAAACAUUUUGUUUCACCACCGCAUGGAAUGCCUGAUUUCUGCUGAUGAGCUUUUGUUUCUUCACUUUCCGCCAAUAUAUUCUUGUAACAAGAAGUCCAUCUGGUCCUACUCCCUUUGUUUUUUUUUUUCUUUUAUGCUGAUUCCUAUUGACCCAAGUGACGUCCAAUUGUUCUGGCCACUGCUUCCGUUUAUUCCCGAGUUUUUCUUCUGAGGCAUAGGGCAUAUAGGGGAGGGGGUUCAUUGUUUUGCUUCUCCUUUUGUCAUCUUUGUACACUUCUAGGGCAAUUCAUUGGUUCUAAUGCUAAUUGUAAUAAGGAUUUAGGUGUACUGUGCCUAAGGUUUUGCUACUCCAGAACGACCCACCAUGGUACAUACUUUUGUAUCGCAUUUAAGCAGCAAUAUACCUAAGAAUAAAUCUCUCUCUCUCUCUC